UAUACCAUGGCUUCUAAUGGAAAAGAGACAACUAUGGCAUCCCCAGAGCUUGGAGAGGAAGAGCAACAGAAUGUCUUGAGGAGGGUGGCCAGCCUACCUUUAGUCAACUCUGCCUAUGAUCUGGCUGCCACUGCCUACGCUUCCACCAAGGAGAGCCAUCCCUAUGUGAGGUCCAUCUGUGACAUGGCAGAGAAGGGAGUGACGUCCAUAACCAAUGUUGCAGUUAGCAGUGCACAGCCAGUUGUAACUAAACUUGAACCUGAGGUGACAACAGCAGAAGAGUGUACUUCUGAAGUACCUGACAAAGUGGAGGAUAGUCUACCAAUCCCUCAACAGACUGCUGAUGAGGUUACAUCUGAAACACACGAGCUGGCAUCUUCCAGACUGACAGAUGUCAAGGAGACCAUGAUCAGAAUGGUAGAUAUGACCAAAGAGGCUGUGCAGGAUAGCAUGAAGACCACCAGAUCAGUGGUAACUGACAGCAUGAGCACAGUUGUGGAAUCCAGAAUGGGCCAAUUGGCCAUAAGUGGAAUGGAAGCAGUGCUGGAGAAAUCUGAAGAGCUUUUGGAUCACUAUCUUCCCAUGACAGAUGAAGAACUAGCUGAACUUGCUGAAUCUGUGGAAGGGGCUGAAGUGUCUUCAGCACAACCACAAGAGCGUCGGAGUUACUUCGUGCGUUUAGGUUCCCUGUCAACCAAACUUCGCCAACGUGCCUACCACUAUUCCCUAAACAAGAUGAGACAUACCAGUCAAAGCAUCCAAGAGGCUCUUUCCCAGCUUCAUCAAACCAUGGGACUGAUUGAAUACCUUAAGCAAGGUGUUACUCUUCAAGAAGUCCAGGAGAAGUUCCAUCACAUAUGGGUGAGCUGGAAUAGAAAGACAAAAGGCAGUGAGAUCAAAGAUCUGGCAAAACCAGAGAUGGAGUCGGAGACUUUGGCUAUGUCCCGCAGCAUUAUCCAGCAGCUGCAGGAUGCCUGCCAGAUGCUAGUAUCCAGCAUUCAAGGUCUCCCCACCAACUUUCAGGAUAAGGUGCAACAGGUGUAUCACAACAUGGAAGAGCUUCAUGCUUCCUUCUCCACUGCCCAUUCCUUCCAGGAUCUCUCCAGCAGCCUCCUAACCCAGAGCCAGGAGAUGGUGACCAAGGCCCAGGAAUAUGUAGAUGAGCUGAUGGCAUACAUGAUGGAGAAUACUCCUCUGUCUUGGGUUGUGGGACCGUUCACCCCAUCUGGUAAGGUGUCUGCAGAUUCCAUUGAACCACAAAACCAAGAAAAUGAGGCUGAGGAAGCUGAAGUCCUCACAGCCUCCAAGGCUAAGGAGGACCUGUGA